AUGGCGCAAAGGGAGACGUCCAAAAUUCCAGCGAAAAAGGCGCCGCCCGCGAGCAGCGACGCCCCCCAAGCGACGCCGCCAGCGGGAAAGAAGUCCGUCGUCGAAGUUACUCUCAGCUACAAGAUCGUCGCGUCAAUCGGGCAUCUGUUCGUGACGGCGUGCGUGCUCGCGUCUUUCGCCGGCUGGUUCUACCUGCUCAAUCCCAGAGCGAAGCUCGUGAUUUUCUGCGUCUUCGUCUACGGCCACUAUCGCUACGCGUGCAUCAGCGCAAAAAUCAAAUCUCGCGGCGCUUCUUGAGCCUCGAGCGACUCACUGGUUGCUUCUGUCGCAGGUCCGCAUGCAGCACGCGAACUGGAUGGAUAAAUUCGCCGACCGCCGCGCGCGCUACGAUCCGAAGUGCCCGUCCCACCAGCGCCAACUACCGCGGCGCCGCUCUUCCGUAGGCGACGGCGACGGCAUUGCGGACGCCGUCACGACUGGAAGCGUCAGGGUAUGUUCCCGGGCCGCUACUCUGAAAUAUUUGGGCGCGGCGAACGACCAGGAUGUAUUCUGA